AUGCUGACUCCCUCGCUCCUGGCGGACUCUGUUGUCCGCGCUGCCGCAUGGGAUGACGGUGGGGCGGAGUUCAUCUUUGUCGACGGCACCAUUAUGUCUUUUGUGGACAAUAUGAACACGUUCGUAGCGGUGCGCAGCAACCCUAGUCCUCGCGACGCACAGCGGGCAGCCACUCACGCGGCCCGGCAGCGACAGCAGGAGGAAAGGCGGCUGCGGUUGUCGCCGACAGCCGCAGCUGCAGCAGGCGAAUAUGUCGACUUGACUGAUGACCCCAAAGACGACGAUGACGAUAACCGCGAGCUGUGCUUUACAGCCUGGACGCUCAGCAGUGACGUGGGUAAGGUGCGGGCAGCUCUCCACAUCUUCAACAGCCUCAGCGAAAAGCCUCGGCUGCUGACGCCGCUGCUGCCUUCAGAAACCCCUACAUCUCUUCUCUCGUCUUCCUUGUUGACAGCUAGCGCCUCUGCGGUGACACCGGCAUAUUCGAUGGUGGGAUCUUGUGGCGUGUGGCAAGAGCCGGGGCCUCCGAUCGACACCCUGUUGCUGGAGCGGCGGGCUGACCUGUUCCGGCGAUACGUCGUGCUUGGCACCGUUCGCCAGUGGAUGCCCGUUUCUGCAGCAGCUCCACAGAGGGAGUCCGCGGUUCCAAGCGCGGCGCGGAGCGACCUACCGCAGUCAGAGUCAUGUCUCAUCGGUGCCACGGCCGCGGCUCCGCUUACUGUGGAGCGUGCGGCAGAGUUGAGAAUGGCAAAGAGCCCACCUGAGCACAUAGAAUAUGGCGAUGAUUCGAGUGCCACACAUCCCAAGGAGGUGCCUGUUGGCACGGUACUCGAGCUAUGGUGUGCUCUGCGCCGUGUCUGUAUGACGGUUGCGGUGCACCGCGAAACCUUCACGGUGCGGUGGCCAGCGCCGGUGACCCGUAGCGACGGAUCACGACUACCGCUGUCGUUUCAUGCGCUAGACACUGCGACAUUGCAUCUGUCACCAGUUUCGCCCAGCUGGUCCUCCUCCAUCUCGCCUCCAGGCUCUGCAUCUGCGCCGCUGCUGUUCACAUACAUGGAGCAGACGUUCCCAGUGCGCGACCCACCAGACGCGUGGCGGACGAUGCUGCAGCUCGCGCUAGAGCUCGACGCAGAGCUUCCUGGAGAGGAGAGGGAAGGCAGCGCACCCAGCUCAGCGUCAGCGUCACCGUCCCACACCACCAUCGGCGCAGUAGGCACGGAGUGCGACGAGAAUGUCGGCCGUUCUGCUUCCUGGCAUGGCUGCUUGCCUGAACCGCACCGCUGGAGUGGUGCACUGAACCAGCACCGUAACACCAACCCUUGCCGCUUCUCUCGACUAACUGCAUCGCAGGCGGCGCACCUCGCUGCACCGCGGACGACACGCGCCGUGGACGCGAUGCGUGCGCUUCACCCACGUGGCUCACGACUUUGUUGGAUGUACGAGGCGAGCCACUGCGGUUCAAGUCGGGAGAGCCCGUCUGCCGUGUACUGGUGUGUGCAGGGGUCCGCUGUAACCACACCCAUCAAGGGAAACCUCGGCGGCACUGCUGUCGUGACAGGGACUUCGACGGCCGCGUCGCUUCGGGGUACCGAAGUUGUGGCGUGGGUGGCCGAAGAUGGUAGUGUUGUGCGAACCACGCUCGAGGGGCAGGGCUACACAAUCAGACACCAUCGUCUUCACUUGUCUUCGUCUUGUGCGACGGCACCAGCGCCGGCUGUUUACCGACUCCAGGCACACGACACCGCGGCAGCGAUGAUGGCAGUAGACAAGCGCCUGCCAUCAACCAUCACGCCACUGCGCUGCCACAUUCACGUAUCGCCUCCGUUAGCAUCAACGCAGUUGCAUAACGGCGGCGAAGUGCUGCAGAGCUGCUGUGCCUUGUCGCCCAGGGCGACGCUGCACCUUCGCGGCGACCCCAACUCGCGGUCUUCACCACAUGGCGACACACGAAAAAAGGACACCGCCGCCGCCGCUGCAGCGUCAGCAGCCGCAACAGCCUCGCCGGAGGCGUUUGCAGUCGCCAUCAUUGACCCUCAAAGCCUCCACUGCGCGCCAGCGUUCUCGACCGACGGCAUACAACGAGCCUGCACCGCGGCCACAGUCACUCCUGCGUGUGCGUGCUCUGCCUUGGCGGCUCUCACCGCAUUGUUGGUGUCAAGCGAGCAACGUAUCCCUGGAUACAUGGACUCGCACUGCAACGCAGCAGCAGGGGCGCUCUUCCUUGCAUCGCAGGGCAAGGGUGUCACCUGUGGGAAAUUGGCGUCUUUGGAAGCCAGCGACGCGGUGCGCCGCCUGCGCCUCGGCCGCUACGUCGCCUCUGUGGUGGACGUCGCCAUUCAGCUGUCCCAGGUGAACUGCGCCGCCAAGCGUGCGGCUGACGCCGCCAGACCGUCGACAGACCAGCCACGACUCGCUGCGUACUGUUGCUCCGGACCGGCAGCGACUUCUCGGCCGUGCUGGUCGACUAGUGGGCACGACUUAUCAUGUCGCAAAGGAGCCCUCUCAGCCGCGGCGACGGCCAACUCCAGUAACGCUUCCGCUGCCUCCGUUGUCUACUUGACAAGUCGGCUGGACGGCAUCGGCACCUUCACAGCACUCACCAACGGCACCAUUCGUGUCCACUUUGACGACCGCACCCUCCUUACACUCGUCCCCGGCGUGAACGAGGUGGACGAAGAGGAGCUGCUGGCGACGUGUGUGCUGCGCAACGCCACACGGUGUACAAUGCGUGCGGCGCAGUGCCACCCUGGACACGCGAUGCACCGCUACUUGGCCUACGCGCUUCCGUUUCGUCGAUAUGUGUACUGGAAAGCUGUACACCCGCAUGAAACGGUUGUCAUGGACGGUGGAUGUGCCGGGGUCUCGGUCAGCGAAAGACAUACGACUGCGCUGCAGGAGAAACCGCAGCAGGGACAGGGGCAAAGCCCGAGAGCAGCGGUGGCUGGUAGAGUCGAACACACCACUGCUCGCGACGACGCUUCUGCGUCACUGGCCAGCAUCUCCGCAAUGGAGGCGGGCGCGUCUCUGCUGGAGCCCCCGCUUCUGGAUGAGUCUCUAUGUCUCCUGCCGAGCUUGCGGUCGUGCUCCUUGGCCACAUCCUUCGGGGUGCCGGGCGACGACGACGAGCGCGCUGCAACCGUGUUGAGCAACGCCGUUCGGGCUUCAGAGGUGAAGAGCGAGCCACUACACUAUCCUCUGCCCAGUGGCCCGAUAUGCUCUCCGCGAGUCCGCUUCUUCACCUCCGAUGCCGUGAUGUCUCAAGGCACCUUGAAUGACACUGGCCCAGCAUGGGGACUAGUAGACACUCAGCGAACGAUGCAGACAUACUACGACGCCGAAGUGGCCGAGGCGGCGGCGCAGCGGACCCGACUGCAGGAGCUCCUCGAUCAAAACGAGGCCCUUUCGAAAGCUACCCGAGCUCUUCUACGUGACUAG